AUGUCAUCACCACAUCUGGCACUAGUCCAGACACAAUAUAUGAGGAUGCUCCUCGCACUGGACACCAUACCGCGCGUCGACAACCUGCUGGCGUGUUUCUUUACCUGGUUACUCCUCGCCGGAUUUGUCCUGUUUCCAGGAACCUUUGCGAGUUUGCAGAGCAUUAAGGUGGAUGAUGGAGUAGAUGGCAUUCAACAAAUCGAGGCCUACGUAUUACACGCUGUGCACAACGUACCUCUGUAUAUCUUAGCAUGGAUAUGCUGCGGAGCUGGUGUAUUCGGGAUGGUUUGGCUGUGGUGGAAGUGGAGCGCAAAUUACAUUUGGCUCCUCAACGGCAUAUUUCUGCCGGGAUUUCUACACGGACUCGCAGGAGUGAUCACGACACUGGCGAAUGUGAUCGGGGCACAAGGUGGACGUUUUACGGACACCAGUCGGGCGACGCUCAUCGUGACGGGCGUAUGCACUGUGGUUUGCGGCACGCUAACGUUCUUCUACAGCGUGUGCAAGCUGCGGCGGGUGAGGCUGGACCAUAUCCACGAGGUAGGGAAGGAACGUGCGGGAAAGCAUGGUGAGGGUCGAUUGGAAGAGAUUAAGGGACCUGAGCCAAUACGAGAAACCUCGAUCGGUCCUCGGGCGAGAGCUUUUUGA